AGACUCCGAGUGGCGGGGCGGGGCUUAAAGCGCAGCCUCGCUUUCAUUCUCCUCGCCCCCCUCUCUUCUCCUGCCGCCAUCGCGAUAGCCUCCUGCUUCAGCCGCUAACGGGUCUACGCGCAUCUCCUCCUCCGAGUCCCCCUUUAUUAUUCCAAAAUGGCAUCGGAUGAAGGAAAGCUCUUCAUUGGAGGGCUCAGUUUUGACACCAAUGAGCAGAAUCUGGAGCAGUUGUUCUCUCCCUAUGGAGACAUUGCAGAAGUGGUUGUAGUGAAAGACCGGGAAACCCAGCGGUCCAGGGGCUUUGGUUUUAUAACCUAUUGCCGUCCUGAGGAUGCUAAGGAUGCCAUGAGGGCCAUGAAUGGAGAGUCUGUGGAUGGCCGUCAGAUCAGGGUUGACCAGGCUGGAAAAUCAUCCCGUGGCUCUUCUGGAGGCAGAGGCCGUGGACGUGGAUUCUCCAGAGGAGGUGGAGGAUAUGGAGGUGGCCGUUACGACAACAGGAGCGGCGGCUAUGGUGGAUCGAGAGACUAUUAUGGCAGCAGGAAUCAGGGAGGCUAUGGAGACCGUUACUCUGGGGGCUCCUACAGAGACAACUACGAUAACUAGCUUACACCGAGCAUAAAUCCUUCCUGAAUCAAGAUCGUCCUUCCAAUGGCCGUAUUUAUAAAGAUUUUUGGAGCUUCGCUGAAUCUUGUUUAGUUCUCUACUUGUAUUUUCUCUCUCUCUCCCGCCCCCCUGCCCUUCCCUUUUUUGUAGUCUUAUCACACACAGCUUCUGCUACAAGAUGGCCUGUUAGAGCUUUCUGGAGGAAAACGUUUUAAUUUGCCUUUUUUUUUUCUUUUCUUUUUUUUUUACAGGUGUGUUUCAGCAUUUUUUUAAAAUAACCUUUUAUUAGUUUUUUUUUCUCCCCUCCACAUCUCCAGAUUUCUUUUAACGAGCAAAGAUUGGGGCCCCAGCCUAUGUUUUGCCUAUAACCCCCCCCCUCGCCCUGAGUCUGAGCAAGGUGUAAAAGAUUCUCCUUGUUUUUAUAAAUGCAUUGAUAACCUUGUAGUUUUGUAAAAGUCCUAUGGUGUAGCAAGGAAGGGGUACGGUGGAAGGCAGACCCCCUUGAUUGUAAAGGGAGACUCGUGUGUUUGAUCUUCAGAAAUCAGAAUUUAUACUGUAUGAUGUACCUAGAACCGAAGCUUGCGGAAACCAGCAAGUUGUUCUUGAAAGAAAAGACAACAAAAAAACCCCCCGUUUGUUUAUAUUUUUUUUUAAACUGGAAGACACACAUGUAACUCGAUAUUGUACUAAAAGUGGUUAAGGAAUUCCUGUAUUCAGUUCUUUGGCUUCACGAAGCCUAUUAAAUACCCUUCUGAAAAUGA